AUGGUAACCGCUCGCCCUGUCAUAUCCGCCUUUUUCGGAUGUGUCAAACCUACUGUCCGAGCGAGGCCCAUGCUUUUGACAUCCUACCAGACCGUCCGUUCAUUAUGGAAUAUACUCCACAGAAAGGAAGAAAUCGACGACUACAAACACGCUCUCGAGAUACUGAAAGAAGAGAAAGCUGCUUCGCGAGGUAAAGCCAAAACGAUCUCGCAUGUGCAACCAGCAUUCCCUCGACUCCCAAUCAUCUUGGACCCCACUAAACCAGAAGAAAAGCUUCCAUUCUUCCAUUACCAACACUGUCCUUGUCCUCCUCAAGUGAUAUACACUUCAGAUUCCGCUGAAGCGAAUGAACAUCUUUCUCGACUCCAGGGCAAUGUACUCGGAUUUGAUCUCGAAUGGCCGCCGUUCAUCCUUGAGAACAGAGCUGCUAUGAUCCAACUGUGUGAUGAGAACUUGGUAGUCUUGAUUCAUAUUGGGAAAGAUGGCGAAAUCCCUAGUAAAGCUAUCGAGCUCCUCCGGGACCCCAAAAUCAACAAAGUCGGCGUUUUCAUUGGAGGAGACAUGAAGAAACUUAUUCGUGAUUUCCCUCAUCUUUUCGAUGAUCCCAAUUUACCCAAACCAGCAUCAAUUUUGGAACUUUCUCGACUCGUACGUCUCGUCGACCCGGAGUGGAGAGGUCCAGGGAAGAGGAUGAUCAGUCUUGCUGAACAGUGCGAGCAUUACUUGGACAAGGUUCUGGACAAAGAUGAUAAUCUUAGAAAAGGGAAUUGGGCUGGUGAAUUGGACCAUGCUGCUAUCGAUUAUGCUGCAAACGAUGUCUACUCGUCUAUCCUGAUAUACCACAAGCUUAUCUCAAUCUCAAAAGCCAAAGACUUAAAAUUCGAUCAUAAACCUCUUUUAGUCGAUCUAGAUCCUCCUUCCAAACCGAAAAGAGACCGAUUCCCUACGGUGCAAGAGAUUGAAGCUAAACGACUUGCUGGGCCCACAAAACACAUUAUAGCCGGGGAGGAAUUUUUCUUAUCAUGGGAUCGAACAAAGCCCACCCCAGCGAUAAUGAAAGCUUUCGAAGCGUUUUUGAGCGGUAGGAGUAUUCCAGAGUAUGCUAAUGAAAGGGGGAUCAAAGAGAUCACGGUCAAGAUGUACAUUUGCGAGGCUGUCAAAGCAGUUGGCGUCAAUGCUUUAUCAGCCGAGGAUCAGUACCGAUUCUUCGAGGAAGCCUGGAUAGGUCGACCGAGAAUGUAG